AUGGAAAGCCCACAGAUGAACUUCCCCCUAGGCCUGGUUUCAGACCAAAAAAGGAGUGGGAUCCAGGAAGACGGGAGUCCUCCGUUAAAGAAGGCGAUGACGGAAACGCACGUAAAUAGCAAAGUACGAGUUGUAAUUAACAAAUUGCCGACGAUAAAGAAGGAAAACUUGGAUGAGUAUGAUGAAACCCCUGUGGAAGCUGAUGGGGAAACCGCCAAGCCAAACAGCGCUUCGCUAGCUGAGCCUUUGAGUUUAAAUCCAGGUUUGAAGCACACCUUGGCACAGUUCCACCUGAGCAGCCAGAGCUCGCUGGGAGGACCGGCAGCUUUCUCGGCUCGUUAUUCCCAGGAGAGCAUGUCACCCACUGUCUUCUUGCCUCUUCCAUCGCCACAGGUGCUUUCUGGUCCACUGCUCAUUCCUCCCGACAGCUCCACAGAACUCACCCAGACCGUGCUGGAGGGGGAAUCUAUCUCUUGCUUUAAAGUGGGAGGUGAAAAAAGGCUUUGCCUGCCUCAGGUGUUGAACUCAGUGCUCCGAGACUUUUCCUUGCAACAGAUCAACACGGUGUGUGACGAGCUGUAUAUCUACUGCUCGAGGUGCACUUCUGACCAGCUUCACAUCCUGAAGGUUUUGGGAAUCCUUCCGUUUAACGCUCCGUCCUGCGGGCUCAUCACCUUGACUGAUGCUCAGAGACUGUGCAAUGCUCUGCUGCGUCCUCGCACUUUUCCGCAGAACGGUGGCUUUCUCCCUGCUAAGAACACCUUGGCCCAACUGAAAGAGGCUGGCAGUGCCUUUGAAGUAGAGCAUGAAUGCCUGGGCAAGUGCCAGGGGUUGUUUGCACCUCAGUUCUACUCGGCCCCGGACGACCCGUGUAUCCAGUGCUUGGAGUGCUACGGGAUGUUCUCGCCCCAGACGUUUGUGAUGCACUCGCACAGAUCCCCGGACAAGAGGACCUGCCACUGGGGAUUUGAGUCAGCCAAGUGGCACUGCUACCUGCAUAUCAACCAAAAAUACUUGGGAACGUCGGAGGAGCGGGAGCUCAAACACCUCCUGGAGGAAAUGAAGGAGAAAUUUAGCGAGAAAAAUCAGAAAAGAACUCGAUCCAAAGCAGAUUCACAACAGAGCCUGGAAUUAUCACAGUGGUAUCCAGUUAUAAAGCAAGAAGCAGAAACUGAUCCUCAGCCACCCUCCUUUUUCCAUCCCAGCUACUACCUUUAUAUGUGUGAUAAAGUGGUUGCCCCAAAUGUAUCUCUUGCAUCACAAUAUAAGGAUGUUGCAAAACCAACAGUCAAAACUUCAGAAGUAAUUAAAUCCUCACCUGGACAGUCAGAGAAGAAGGUCAGUAGUGGAAAGCACAAAAAAGCAGCCUCCUAUCCAGAGCUUUCUCUUGAAGAACAGGAAAAAAUUGACUUGAAAAGUGGGGUGGAGCAGCAUAAACACUUAGAUCCACCUGUGCCAACUCGUUCUGCACGAGGUGGAAAAUCUGAACGUGCUUCUUCCAAAAUCACUAGAGACUCUGGCCGUGUUGAAGUAGGUAAUGAUGUGAGAACCUUAUCCCCCACUCUGAUGAAGGACAUCAGUUGUGAAGAUGACAAGGGAAGGAUCAUGGAAGAAGUAAUGAAAACCUACAUCAGACAGCAAGAAAAACUGAAUGCUAUUUUGCGGAAGAAGCAGCAACUUCAAAUGGAAGUGGACAUGUUAAGCAACUCUAAAGCUAUGAAGGAAUUAACUGAAGAGCAGCAGAAUUUACAAAAGGAACUUGAAUGUUUGCAAACACAACAUGCUCUCAGAAUGGAGGAGUUUUAUUUUGAGCAGAGAGACUUGGAAAAGAAACUGGACCAAGUGAUGAAGCAGAAGUGUAGCUGUGACUCCAAUCUAGAAAAAGACAAAGAAGCUGAAUAUGCAGCACAGCUAGCAGAAUUGAGGCAGAGGCUGGAUCAUGCAGAGGCAGAUAGACAAGAGCUUCAAGAUGAACUGAGACAAGAACGAGAGGCAAGGGAAAAGUUGGAGAUGAUGAUAAAGGACUUGAAGCUACAGAUCUUGAAAUCUUCAAAAAAUGGAAAAGGAAAAUAGAAAUUGGAAGAGGAAGCAUGACUGUGUCCUUCGAAAAGGGUGUUUUGGAUUUGAAUGAAUUGUGAGCAGUUUCUGUGUGAUAAAAAAGUAUUCUCUACAGAUUUCUAUUUCCCAGGCAAGGCCAGAUGAAGAUACAUAUAAAUAAGUAGAGCUAGGUAGGUAUACGUUUUUAGAUUUCCCUAACCAGUGAAAAUCUGGAUUUAUUUGUACCAGUGUUUUUCUCAAACAACAGAAAAUACGGAACUCUUGAUUUAGAGUGA